AUGCUUCCAACUUUCAUGCCUGUGGCCACUCAAGCCGCGAUUAAGGGACUCACAUCUCAACAAAUGGAGGCCCUUGGUGUUACUAUCAUACUGAACAAUACGUAUCAUCUUAACCUUCGACCUGGUCUCAAGGUUCUCGACGCGGCUGCUGGGGCACACAAGUUCCAAGGAUGGGACAGGAAUCUGUUGACGGAUAGUGGCGGAUUUCAGCUCGUGUCAUUGAGCAAGUUCACAACCAUUACUGAAGAAGGGGCAUUGUUUGCCAGCCCGUUUGACGGAGAACCAACAAUGCUUACUCCCGAAGAAAGUAUAUCAAUACAGCAUAUUAUCGGAGCAGAUAUCAUUAUGCAGCUGGACGACGUAGUUUCAAGUCUUACCACGGGUCCUCGAGUCGAAGAAGCCAUGGAACGAUCCGUCAGAUGGCUUGACCGAUGUAUAGCAAAACAUGAAGCGUCUGGAAAGAAAGCGACCCAGAAUCUGUUUGCGAUUGUGCAAGGUGGCCUUGAUCCAGGCCUCCGUGAUCGCUGUUUAGAUGCGAUGAUUGCAAGGAAGGAUGGUGUUGCUGGUUAUGCUAUCGGUGGGCUGAGUGGUGGUGAAGAGAAAGAUGUCUUCUGGAGAGUUAUCAAACAAUGUGCCGACAAACUUCCGGAAGAAAGACCAAGGUACUCCAUGGGUAUUGGUUUUGCAGAAGAUCUCUUGGUUUGUGUUGCUCUCGGGGUCGAUAUGGCAGAUUGUGUAUUCCCAACCCGGACAGCAAGAUUUGGUGUCGCCCUGACACAUAGUGGACCCCUUAAUCUCAAGCUUAGCAGGCAUGCCAAAGACUUCCGCCCAAUAGAUGAAAACUGCCCUUGUCCAACAUGCACUGACAAAGUUUCCAGAGCAAUCCUUCACCACACGAUUACUCACGAAACUGCGUCUGCACAUGCGAUCACACUACACAAUGUCGUAUUCCAAGCGCAAGUCAUGGGUCGCGCAAGGGAAGCCAUCGCGGCAGGAACAUUCCCGGAUUACCUGCGGUCUUUCUUUGCGGGGUAUUUUGGCGAUGCGGGGUAUCCUGAAUGGUGCAUUCACGCUUUAAGAAGCGUCGGAGUCGACCUCCUGGAGGGCAGUCAAGAAAAGAAGGUUAUUCCAGGGAGUGGCGCAAGAUGGGAAUAUGCGAACAAUCCAGUCGUAGCCUAG